AUGAGCUACACCCCGAAUCACUCCUAUCGAGGGAAUUAUUAUUACAACCCGCACUGGGUUCAGGCAAGCGGAGAAAAUCCACCAUUGCUUGUUUAUGGUAACAUGGUGGAUUUUACUGUGGGACCAGACGGAACACAUUACUUUAAUGAAGUGCACAAUGGCCCAUUCACUGCGCCUUCCUCUCAAACUGUCGAGAUUGUGCCGGUAAGAUACCAUUUCACUCGAACGAGAUUACAGCAGGUCUAAGGAUGAGAUUCGAGUACAUCUGUGCUCUGUGCUAUAUUGUUGUUACGCAAAUGUAAAGACUUAAACGGUGGUAACGGUUGCAUUUAGAGAGCGAAAUCUUCGGUCGUGUGUUUCUCCGCCUGCCGUGUGGAUGCUAAAUUUAUUCAUAGAGAUUUAGUCGGUUGAAUUUCGUCCACUUCCCAACAUAUGUCCCUCUCGAAAGUGUGUUUGUAACGAAAAGGGAAGGAAGUAAAAACCACCUAAUUCGCUAUAAAUCGACCCAAAAACCACGCGGGAGACAAACGAACACACGACUCAAGUAAGGUAAAUAUCUUUUGGAUAAAUCGCUAUCCAGCAGAUAGGUGUUAACAAAACGUACUGCACUAUCCACCGGAUAGAGAUGAAUUCAGACAAUAGCGUUAUCCACCCUCGAAACAAUCGGUACCACCUGACUGUGUUUGAACCUUUUCAUGAUUUCUUUUAUUUAUAUAUUUUUCAUGUAUCACAAGAAUUGAUUGAAUUUGUCGAUUCAAAGGAAUCUGAUCCAACUGCAAGCGAAGACGCUGUUAAAAGAAAGCCAGGAAAAUCUUUCAAGUCUGAUGACAAAAAGGCUGGACAGAAAAGAGAUAGAGAACAAGGUAAAGAUGAAAAAAAGUCCCAAGAUGCUUCAGGGGAAACUGACUCCUCAUCUGAUGAAGACAUUUGGGCCACCGAAGAUGAAGAUUGUUAUGAAGAAAACGACUCUGACAGCUCUCAAGAUGAGUACAACAGGGGUCCUUCGGUAGGUAAAACUAGUAGCAAAAGGCAGCCAUCUCCAAGUUUCAAAACAAUGCAUAUUAAUUCACCAGCGUGCGAUAGUUUUGACGGAGGGUCAACCGAGGAAGAGAUCGGCAUAGGUGGCUAGGAAAAAGGCUAAAGCCCCAGAAGGAGGAGGGGGGAGUACUUCCUACUAAUGAGUUGAUGAGAUGUGUUAAUAGGUAGUUCGUAUUUUCGCGACUGGAUUGGCUAUAAUUGGGUUGCAUUUUCAAUAGAAUUAUUAGAAUGGUUUCGCACAUUUUCGGAAUUUUGGGGGUAAGUAGGGGUAUAAAAAGGGGAAGAUUCGUAAUUAAAAAGUUGUUACCGCUGGGAUCGUGAAAAUAACAUUCAUCCAAAAGUAAAUAAGAUGGGGUCUGUAAUUGGUCACAUAAUAUUCUAUAGUGGGUUCUGAGAGGCCAGUGGCACAUACCUAGCAAAUAUGAUCCUAAGAACCUUACACUUAGUAAAGCAUUCUGUCAGAACUUAACUCAGCUCUUUCUCCAACUGAAUUGAAAAUCAAACAUGCAAACGCCUCAAAAUCCUUUUUCCGCGCCAAAGUCUAGCGCAUGCGCAGACGUUAUCCAGCUCUGUCGGGUAACCCUGCAUGACUCCUGAUCUCUCUCGACUAGGAGUCUGACCCAUUUAACACAAUGCUGGUUGUCAUCCAUAAAUCGAUGAUAAUCAUAGAAUAGAGAGCCUAUUGACUGAGGGUUGUGGGACCAAAACCGGUCAGAACUGAGAAAGGAAAAUACCUUUAAGUAAAAGAGAGGGAAGGAAAGGUGAACAAAAGUCUUCUUUCCUUUGAAAGUGGACGCGUUAUUACCUUCAUCGCACGCCAAUAAAGAUCUGAAGCUGUGCUCAUUCUUUAUUUUAGCGGGAUUACUCGAGGGAUAGAAGGAGGCGACCUCUUCACAACAGACGAGCUCGCUCUCCCAGAUCUCCUCGACGAGAAGUGGACGCGCGUUCAACCAUCGUGUCCCUGGUGCCGAGGGAGUUUCAACUGAACUGA